AUGUGGGGUCUUUCAAGUAUUGUGAUCCUUGUUGCUGGUAUCGCAAUCGCACACGCUACAUCCAAUAGCAGCAACACCAUCAACAACUCUAAGCUUCACACGUGGUGGCACAAUUCCGGUGAAAUCACUCGAUCAGCUGUUCAGCCAGCCUCUGUGCGCCAAAGCGACCUUUAUUCUAUUCAAGUUACCAACUCUGUGGAUCAGACCUACUACGACUCUUUCGUUUAUCAGACUAUCCCACGCAACGGCCAGGGCAACAUUCUGAUACCCAAUGACCCAUCCUCAACAACUACUGCGAGCGAUGGUAUCACUAUCGAGGAAGCCAUUGGCAUGACAAUGUCUUGGACUUCAUUUCUCUACUCAGCUGAUGCUUGGGUAAAAGUGCACCGCCUUGAUAACUCCAGCAUUGAGUCUGAUAGCUUCGUUAUCAGACCCACCAAUCUCAACCUCACCACUUCUGUCGCGAACGGUGAUUUGUUCAUUCAGGUGCCCUACGACGGACAAAGCUGGAAGUUUUCGGUUGAGUUCAACGACAACCUUUAUGAAUUCCACGAUGGUUGCAGCAGCCCUUCUUGUUCCUAUGUCCAAAACACUAAUCCAAACGGACCAUACUAUGUGGAUGAUUACGACGACUCGAUGCCGCUGAUGGCUGUGGAGCCUCUUGACUCCUUGCUUAUCUUUGCCAGCCCUUUUGAGGACGAGUCACUUGUCCCCGAUGAGACAGCAGACAAUGUCCUGAUUGUCGAAGAAGGUCGCAUAUCUGGACUCAACACUACUCGAGCCAAUACUGUUAUCUUCAAGCCAGGCGUCUACUAUGCUACUGCCACGGAUUAUCUAAACCUCAGUGCUAGCGUUGAUUGGCUUUAUUUUGCACCGGGAGCCUACGUGAAAGGUGCUGUGGAAUAUCACACCACCUCUGCGCUUAUCAAAGCUACAGGACAUGGUGUACUUUCUGGUGAGCAAUAUGUCUAUCAAGCGGACCCGACAGAUGGUUUUCAGAAUCACAAUGUGAACGGCUCGCCUCUACGAAUGUGGAAGGGUACAGUGCCUUUCGGGCAGCAGACGACGUGGGUAGUUAACGGACCAACACUUAACAGUCCUCCCUUCAACAGUAUGGAUUGGUACGGCGAUAUGGCAUCUCUUUCUGUCUUGUGCACCGACUACAGACAAGUGGGUGGCUUCUUUGGUCAGACGGAUGGCAUGGAGGCCUACCCCGGAAGUGUCUACCAAGAUAUUUUUUACCAUUCUAACGACGAUACGAUCAAGGUAUACUACUCAGAUGUUACUAUCAGCAACGUCCUGGUGCAGAAAGCGUCCACCGCACCGGUCAUCCAGUUUGGUUGGGCGUCUCGCAAUAUCAGCAACAUCCAAGUUGACAAUGUCAACAUCAUCCACAGCCGUUGGAACAGCAAUGGUUCGAAUCCAGGUCUGAUUGGCUCCAACAAUGUAUACGAUCCAUCGUCCACGUCCACAUCUGCAAUGAACAGCAGUACCGCCAACACUUACUCCACAGCUCAAGACAUCACGUUCUCAAACAUCCGAGCUGAAGGUAUCUCCGGACCUUUGAUGCGCAUAUACGCACUCGAAAAUCUAAACAACAUCACAAUCUCGAAUGUUUGGAUUGAAGAAUUCGGAAGCUGCGAUGGUUACGAAAACCUCGGUAUUUCGGAGAGCUUCAUGCCCAUGAUGACUGAUGACAGUGGUAAUAAUGUUACUGUGGAUGGUUUCGUCAUCAGCAACUUCAUGGUCGGUGAUGAGAAAGUCACUCUCGACACGGCAAGCACAGUGGGUCAGCUUUACUGGGACGCUGCCUUCGAUGUGACGAUACAAUAA